GCGUGGGUGAUGGCGGCGGUGAUGGAGCCGGCGGUGGGGGUCGGCGGGGAGGGGGAGGGGGCGGAGGGGCCGGGGAGGGUGAGGAAGCCAUACACCAUCACCAAGUCGCGGGAGAGCUGGACCGACCCGGAGCACGACAAGUUCAUCGAGGCGCUCCUCCUGUUCGAUCGCGAUUGGAGAAAGAUUGAGGCGUUUGUUGGCUCCAAGACGGUGAUACAGAUCAGGAGCCACGCACAGAAGUACUUUCUGAAGGUUCAAAAGAAUGGAACAGGUGAGCAUCUGCCGCCACCUAGGCCGAAGAGGAAGGCGGCACACCCGUACCCACAUAACAAAGCCUCGAAAAAGGCCCCUGAAGUUGACUUACCACAACAGCCUCCUCAUGUCGUGGAGCAAGGAUGUGUUAUACCUAUGGAUGCACCUACUGUCGCUACAAACUCAAGUGCAGACGACACGUUUCCUUCCUGGGAUGAUGUUCUUGCCCAGCCUUAUAGCCCAAGACAUACACAAGAUUUAGGCGCUGCAAAUAAUAGCUCUAGUAGCAUAGAGUGCCAAUCUGGAACUUGGGCAACUUCUGAUGCGAUUGAGCAAGAGAUUUGGCCAACUUCCGAUGCUAUUGAGCAAGAGAUUAUACUUCCAGCACUGCAUGCCAUGCCAGACUUUGCUCAAGUAUACAACUUUCUUGGGGGCGUAUUUGAUCCAGAUACAACAGGACAUUUGCAGAAGUUGAGAGAGAUGGAUCCUAUAGAUGCUGAAACGGUACUACAACUGAUGAAAAAUCUAUCGGUAAACCUGUCUGGCCCGGACUUUGAGACACAUCUGAGCAUACAGCAUCCCUGACUGUUGCAGAGGAGGAUGCUCUCGUCGCACGGUGCCGACAUGGGCCAAGCCAGGCACGAGAGCGUAGGAGAUCCGGGGUCUACUCAGACCCUUAGCGUCCCAUUCAUGUAAUUUCUAGUCACCCUCUUCCUGAGCACGGAUCCAUGCUUGCGACAUCGCUAAUUUCGCUAAGCGCAUGGACCGCUCUGCAGGGUAAGGAGCAAAUGAGGGGAGAGGACAGUACAUUGCGACAUGUUGCGGCAUCGCUUGUUGUCAGAGGUGCAGCAUGUUUCUGCAUCACCGCGUGCCUAUGUUUGUAAAUAGUUCUUCGAGAUGUUUUCGGGCUUUUAGAUGUGGGAACUUUUAUCUAUCUGUUGAUGAGGCUUUGUGGCAUGUAUAGUCAGGGCAUGGUUGCGCAUGUUGUUUUGGAGAGGGAAGAGGGGAAAGUGUUAUUACCCACGAAGACCAUUCUUGUGUGUAAUUCUUUGUUUUGAGAUGAUUUUGUUUGUAAGUCUAUUAUCUUCAUCGUCAUGAGGAGGGGAUUUGGGAUAUGUAUCCAGUGAACUCUUUU